AUAAUUAUGUCUGUUCAUCAGAUUAAACCACUUGAUGAUGAUGUUAUCAAAAGAAUACGAUCAUCGCUCAUCAUCACCUCGAUACCUCAAUGUAUAAGAGAAUUGAUCUGCAAUGCAAUCGAUGCAAAUGCAACAAACAUUGACAUUUCACUUGAUGUAGAAAAGUUCACUGUACAAGUAAAUGAUAACGGUCACGGUAUUCUUGAUUUGAGCAAAAUUGGACAGAGACAUACAUCAUCCAAAUGUCAUACACUUUCUGAUAUUCAACAUUUGAAAACAUUUGGCUUCCGCGGAGAAGCCAUGGCAGCAAUCACAAAUGAGUCCUUAACACAAAUUAUCUCACGGCAUUGUUCGUCAAACGAAACAUUCGAAGGAUUCUGGAAGGAUGGCCAUGUGAUAGGUGAAAUCUUACCAUCGAAGCACAUGAAGAAAAGCUGUUCAGGUACUCGUGUCAUACUUCGAGAUUUAUUCUACAAGUACCCCGUGAGAAGGAAGCAGAUAACCGCUUAUCAACAUGCCGCUGUCAUUGAAUCUGUGAAACGUCAGAUAAUUGGGUUUGCACUCUGUUUCAAUUACAUAAAUUUUAACCUUAUUGACAGCCAUCGGAAUUUGAGCUUAUUAUCGAUAAAAAAGACCAGCUCUAGCCUAAACACUUUUAGGCAACAAUUUGGACAGGAUAUAACCAAGCAUGUAGAAAUGUUAGCGAUGCGCAAAGGAGACAUUGUCAUUGAUGGUUUUUACUCAAGCCAAGGUUAUCCAAGCAAGGCUCAUCAAUACAUAUAUAUUAACAACUAUCUCGUUCCCGUACAAAAUGUGCUAUACAGAAUUGUGCCUAGUUUAUUUGCAGCGAGCAAUUUCGGGAAGAUAGCUGAUAAGCGCCAAUAUCUGGAAGGCAAAGCUAAAUAUACUCAAAGGCAUCCCAUCUACAUGACACGGCUGAUAUGUCCAUUUUGGAGCAACUAUGAUAUUCAUAUGUACCUGGAAAUGUUCGAGGAAUUCCCCGAUUAUACAAAGAUUGCUGACUUGAUAAAAGCCCUAACGAUAAAAUUUCUGAUACGGUCUGGUAACCUCUCAAAAGAUGAACCGAUACAAAUGGCUGGGCAGAAACGCAGGCGUGGCAAAGAUAGUCUUUUCCCUCCCGCUAAUACUAAUCAAAGUAGCAUCAGCCAUAUUACGAACAAUCCCUAUUUAUUACAUUCGCCGUCUCUCCUUUCUACCCCCGCAACGAGUGUUCAAACAGCAUCUAACGCUCCAGACGAAUUAUGCCAAUUAUUAAAGGCGAGUAGUAUUGAUUGCUCACAUUUGAAGCGGGCCAAAACACCUCAUCAUAUCGAAGCAGCUACUCUAAACGACAACUGUACUACUUCACAACUUUAUCAAAACCUACUAUCUUAUAGACCACUAUCGUAUGAAAUGCCACAAAAGCUUUUGAAAGAAGAUCUGCUACAUAGUUGUGUGCUAGGACAAAUUGACCGGAAAUAUAUAGCGACAAGAUCUCUAAAAGAAGAGAACCGAAUCAUUAUCAUUGACCAGCACGCGGCAGACGAAAGAGUAAAACUAGAGCAAAUGAUGAACGUCGACAUACGCUCAACCAUUGCUCUUGAACCUGUCAUCACUUUAAAUAUGGAAUCAAUAUUUGAGGUGGAAGCCCUCAUGGAUCAACGUAUGUCUUACUAUUUCAAAAAUUGGGGUAUACAAUAUCUUGCAGCCAGCGAUCUGGAUCGAGAAAUGGAUACCCAAAUGCAAUCGCGCUUUUUUGAAAUCACUGAAUCAAGUUCACCUCACUUCAUUACGUCAACAGCAACUACGACAGUGGUAGAAAAACGCUACAAAAUUUAUGUCACACACAUCCCAGCACUUGUAAGUGAUCGGUGUAUUUCGAAUCACGCGUUGUUAAAGGAACUCAUACGUGAUUAUAUGUAUUGGGUUAUGUCUCAACAAAACAACGAAGCCGUUAUCACCAGCACGUGCCCGAAAGGCAUAGUAGACAUUCUUAAAUCAAGAGCUUGCAGAACUGCUAUCAUGUUCAAUGAUGAACUAACCUUAGAGCAAUGCGGCAUAUUGAUUAGGAAUUUAGCAAAAUGCAAUUUUCCUUUUCAAUGUGCUCACGGAAGACCAUCAGCGGUUCCUGUUCAAAUAACUUCAAGUAUUCCAACUGCCUACUCAAAAAGGCAGAAAAAUUGGUCGAAAUUUACGGUCCAUGCAUAACACAUAUGAUGUUUUUUGACUUGUCAUCAUUUAUACCCAAACGUUGAAUUCUAUCGCAUUCACAUGAUUUUGAAACUGACAACUACGACUGUAUAAGAUGGUAUAACAAUAUCUUACUGCAUAAUGUUUAUUAUUUGAGUAGUGUUUAUAACGAAAUAAAUAUGUAAAGAGCUAUAUAUGAGUAAACGAGA